CACCGCCGUAGAUUUCUGAGUUCCUUCGAUCCGACGAUCCCUCUUCAGGAAGCGGUAACUAUACCGGCGUCGUGGUACACUGACCCCUCGUUUCUUGCCCUAGAAUUCGAUCGCGUCUUCUUUCGAGGAUGGCAGGCAGUUGGCUUCACUGAGCAAAUCAAGAAUUGUCAUGAUUAUUUCACCGGAAGAUUGGGAAAUGUAGAGUUUGUGAUCUGUCAGGAUAUACAUGGAGAACUCCGUGCUUUCCACAAUGUUUGUCGCCAUCAUGCCUCUCUCCUUGUCCGUGGAAGCGGGCAAAAAUCUUGCUUUCAAUGUCCUUAUCAUGGGUGGACUUAUGGCUUAGACGGAGAACUGCUUAAGGCUACCCGAAUCACAGGAAUUAAAAACUUCAAUAAAGGAGACUUUGGCCUUGUACCCUUGAAUGUUGCUACUUGGGGACCUAUUGUAUUGAUUAAUAUAGAUGGGGAGAUCCUCCCUCAGCAAAAUGCAGCUAAAGAGACAGUGGAAAGCACAUGGUUGGGGAGUGCCUCAGAAAUAUUGAGUACCAAUGGAAUUGAUUCUUCACUGAAGCAUGUCUGCAGGCGUGAAUACACUAUUGAUUGUAAUUGGAAGGUCUUCUGUGAUAACUAUUUAGAUGGUGGUUAUCAUGUCCCAUAUGCUCAUGGAGGUCUUGCAUCUGGUCUUAAGCUUGACUCUUACACUACUGAUAUUUUUGAGAAGGUUAGUAUUCAAUGGUGUGAAAGUGAUUCCACAGAGCGAGAUGACUUUGACAGACUUGGAUCAAAAGCACUCUAUGCUUUCAUUUAUCCGAAUUUUAUGAUCAACAGAUAUGGCCCUUGGAUGGAUACUAAUCUGGUAUUUCCCCUGAGUGCAACAAAAUGCCGAGUGAUAUUUGACUACUUUCUUGAUUCUUCUCUACUGGACGAGAAGGUGUUCAUUGGGAGGAGUUUAGAGGAGAGUGAAAGAGUCCAGAUAGAAGACAUUGCGUUAUGUGAAGGUGUUCAACGAGGCUUAGAAUCCCCAGCUUACGUUUUCGGGAGAUAUGCACCCUCUGUUGAGAAGGCCAUGCACCAUUUCCAUUGUCUCUUGCAUGCCAAUCUAAAGUGAUCAUCAAGUCACAUGAAUGAUAAAUGAGUUACUGUUUGAGUAUUAAAACUUCUAAACAUUUUUCCUUUUCCUCAACCGUUUGUAUGUGUGGUGUAAAAUUUUUUAUGUUUGCAGUCAAUACGUUUUGCUUCUAUGUGCGCGUGUGGUUGUUUUCUCAAAUUGUAAGAAACCAAUUUCCCCAUUACAAAUGCA